CUUUCACAAAGCACCAUGGUUGCUGGAAUGCUGAUGCCCCUGCAGGACUUGAGGGCUAUCUAUGAGGUCCUGUUUCGAGAUGGUGUUAUGGUGGCCAAGAAGGACAAGAGGCCUCAGAUCAAGCACCCCGAGGUACCAAGUGUCAGCAAUCUACAGGUAAUCCGUGCUAUGAGCUCUCUUAAGUCCAGGGGCUAUGUAAAGGAGACAUUUGCCUGGAGGCAUUUCUACUGGUACCUGACCAAUGAGGGCAUUGUUUGCCUGCGUGAAUACCUCCAUUUGCCCCCUGAGAUUGUACCUGUGUCCCUGCAAAGGGUGAGGAAGCCAGCCACCACUCUAGCCAUUGCUCACCAGGCUGCACGGGUCCAGUCUGUGAAAGGUCCUACAUCUUAUGUUCCCAAGCCAGGACAAAGGGGUGAAGAGAGCCAUGAGGCACUUGCUGAGCGUCAGGGCUACCGCCAUAAGAUGAUGGGCCCGGGGGAAAGAGAAAGUAACCCUGAUAAGACCCCCAGGUUCAGGGGUCGUCUGCUGACUGCAGAACCAGCCAAGCCAAAAGCAUCAUUGGAAGGGGAGGACCAGCCUCUCUUCCGCAAAGGGAGGAAUUUCAGAAGUGAAGCUGCGUUGGUGGAGGAGAGUAGAGUGAAAAGAGUCUCUCGUCAGCAGCUUGACAUGAGCAGUGAAAAGCCGGUAACAACAUCAUAUGAGAGAAGAGUGUUUGAGGUCCAGAAGGAAAAGGUACCAAGUUCUGUCUCAGUUCAGACAGCAGCUUUGAAACAUGAUGUAGCACAGACAUCAGUGUCCUCCAAAGCAGCAGUGCCAUUAAGUGUGCCUGCUGUCACUGAGGCUACAGGUGCUGCAACAUUAAAUAUUCCAUCUGAAUCCUUUACUCUCAAAACAAAGGAGGAGCUCAGUGUCUCCAAUGAGAAAUCUUCAUUUAAGUCUAGAGAAAUUAGCAAAAGCAGUUCACCCACCGCAACGCUUCCUGAUACAGUUGUCAAAGUAGAAAAGACAAAAAAGAUUAUUGUGGGUCCAAUUAAAUCUGAGGUUGAAGCUGAAGCAGCACUUGUAACACCCCAAGCCAUUGUCACAGUGGCUGCUGCUCAGGAAACAACCAGUCUUCCUCAUGACACUGCCACUGGCGCUACUUCCAUCACAAAACCUGUUGGUGAGCGUGUAAAAGAAGGGACCACAACAAAGAUGAUGCACCCAGUUAAAUCUGAGAUGAAAACAACAGUUAAAACCACAACUGACAAAGUGAUGCCUCAGACAGAUACUAAAAAGUUAUCUGCUCAGAAAACUUCCAGAGUUCUUACUGAUACUGUCACCACCACGUCUGUGAUUACAAAACCUGCAAACAAAGAUGUCAAGGAAGAUAAGGGACAGAAAGCAAAGAUGAAAGUGGAUUCUAUUAGACCCACAGAAAUGAAUACUCAGAUUGAAACAAAAAAUGAUCAUAAUGUGACCAAGAAAAUGGCCAGAGGAUCUGUGACUCUGGAAACCACAAAAUCUCCACCUGUCGGUACCACCAGCAAGCCAGAAUUGUCCACCUAUAAAGCAAAUGAGAUCUCAGAAUCUAGAGUGACUCAUGAUGCCACUAACACCACUCUAUCCUCAGAUAAUGUCUCAGUUAAGCCUGAAGCUGUUGAAGUGCUGAAAACUACAACACUGACUGAGCUCUCAUUACUUGAAGUCACAAGUACAAUUAGUACGACAACUCUUCCAGCAUCUAUGACAAAUGCGGACGACGUCAAGGAGGAAGCCACAGUAGAAGAGAUAAUUACAAAACGUGAAAAAACUGAUGUGAAGGUGAUCUCUCACAUCCCAAAAAAUGAAAUGAUGGUGCUGGAAGAGAUCCCUAAAGUUUUGGCACAGGAUCCCAAGGAAACCAAACAAGUAGCUGAAGGAAGCACUAAAUCAAAAAGAAAGAAAAAGAAAUCUCCAUCAUGUGAGACACCCAUGAGUGUCAACACUGAGGAACCACUGGAUGCAAAGGCUGAGAAAGAAAAAAAGUCUAAAGACAACCCCUCAAAGGAGGUGACAGAAAUUGUUGUCCAACCAAUGCCAUUGAUUACUUCAGAGACUUUAACUGAGUCUAACAGUGUUAAAACUGAGGGGGCCUUAUCUGUAGAGAAACAUAAGCCUGUCAUUAAAAUUAAUGGAGAGGGGCCACAAAUAAUAGAAAUCUCUAAACAACUGGAUGAGAAGCCAAAGGAGGAAGUCCCAAAACAAACUGGAACUAUUUCUGACCAAGCAUCUCCUCCAGUUAACCAAAACCCUGCAGUGCCCCCAGUGGUGAUUUCGGGUGAACUACAAGCAAAGAAGAGGGUUGCAGAAAGCACUGUCAAAACCACCCGGGGACCAUUGUGCAUUAAAGACGAGUUAAAUCCUAAUUUGAUCCGCAUGGAGCCAGCAGGAUCUGAGGAAGUGCAUGUUAAAAGUGUUGAAACAGUGACUCUUCGAAAAAUAACUCAAGUUGAGAUUAUACAAGAAAGUUCCAAACCUGAAAAGAAAAUCUCUGCACCACAGUCGCAUCAAGCCACAGUUGAGACUAAAUCUCCAGUAAGCACAGAGAAGGGUGCAGAGGAAUCUUCAAAGGGUAAGAAGAAGGGAAAAGGAAAAAAGAAGGCUAAAACACUAGACACAGAGACCAUAAACACAAAGCCUGUCCUUUCACCUGAAGCAGAAACACUGCCGUCCACUGACAUUACGUCAUUGCCCGAGGCCAAAGCUAAAGACAGCCCUGUCACUGCCUCUGCCCUGACUGAAAUGAAUGUUUCUUUAAAGAUGACUCCUGAAAGAAUGUGCAGUAAGGAAGUCAGGCAGGCAGCAGCUGUGCUCUCUGAGGCCCCAGCAGACAAAGGGGAGGAGGAGCCAGCCCUGCUCUGUGCAGAAAAAAUCAAGCGGGAGGUUCCGAAACCAAAAACAUCCUGCACUGCGAGGGAAGCACCAGCAGCCAGAGAAUUAGCGUCAGCAGCAACAGCAGAGGCAGCUGUAGCUCAGACACAGGCCAGCCCACUAGUCAAGCAAGAGGAGCCUCCCAGAGUUGCACAACAUUUAGCCAGUCAGGCAGCAGAGCGCAGCACAGAGAAAAGGCUCUCUGUUUCUGAGGCCUCAAAGCAGAAGGAAGAGAAGAAGAGGGACUUGGAAGAGGACACACCCUCUGCCACUGCCACACCCGCAGCUGCUAAGCCUAACCAACCUCAGCUAGGUGACACCUGUGAGUCUGUAAACCCUGACAUUGACGAGGCUGCCAUGAGGAAGAAAAUUGUAGUGGUAGAGGAGGUUGUUGAGGUGAGGCAGGUUCUCAGUCCCCAAGCAGCUGAGGGGGCGUCACCUCCACCACCUGUACAACCUGAGGAGGAAGAAGAGGAACUGGACCUGGAUGUUUUGGAAGAGAUUGCCAUAGAGCGGGCACUUCUGCUUGGGGCUACGCCGACCAAGGUGCAAGGAGCCUCACCUGAUGAGGACUGGGACCACUCACUGGAGGCACCAGAGGAGAAGACAUGGCCUAACUUCAUUGAAGAUGAACGAGAUCGAGUACAGAAAAAGACCUUCACAAAAUGGGUGAAUAAGCACUUGAUAAAGCAUCGGAGGGCAGAGGCACAGCGACAUGUGACAGACCUGUACGAAGACCUUCGAGAUGGACAUAACCUGAUCUCUCUGUUGGAGGUCCUGUCCGGGGACACACUUCCCAGAGAGAAAGGCCGAAUGCGAUUCCACAAACUGCAGAAUGUACAGAUAGCACUGGACUUCCUCAAACACCGGCAGGUCAAGCUGGUGAACAUCAGAAAUGAUGACAUAGCAGAUGGAAACCCGAAGCUGACCCUGGGGUUAAUAUGGACCAUCAUCCUCCACUUCCAGGUCUCCUCCUCUAUCUCAGACAUCCAGGUGAACGGCCAGUCAGAAGACAUGACGGCCAAGGAGAAGCUGCUGCUCUGGUCUCAGAGGAUGACUGACGGCUACCAGGGCAUCCGCUGCGACAACUUCUCCACCAGCUGGAGGGACGGCAAACUCUUCAACGCCGUCAUACACAAACACUACCCCAGACUCAUCGACAUGGGCAGAGUGUACCGACAGACCAACGUGGAGAACCUGGAACAGGCCUUCAAUGUGGCCGAGAAUAACCUGGGAGUGACACGACUGCUGGAUCCUGAGGAUGUCGACGUCCCUCACCCUGAUGAGAAAUCCAUCAUCACCUAUGUCUCAUCCUUGUACGAUGCCAUGCCACGGGUUGAUGUACACGAUGGCGCCAGAGCUAAUGAGCUGGAGUUGCGCUGGCAGGAAUACUACGAGCUGGUCACUCUUCUGCUCCAGUGGAUCCGCCACCAUGUCAUGAUCUUUGAGGAGAGAAAGUUCCCCGCCAGCUACGAGGAGAUCGAGCUUCUUUGGCGCCAGUUCUUGAAGUUCAAAGAGACAGAGCUGCCAGUGAAAGAGACCGACAAGAACCGGUCUAAACACAUCUACCAAACCUUUGAGAGUGCUGUGCAUGCUGGUCAGGUGAAGGUCCCUCCAAGCUACCAUCCCAUCGAUGUGGAGAAAGAAUGGGGUCGACUCCAUGUUGCCAUCCUGGAGAGAGAGCGACUGCUGAGAACAGAGUUUGAGAGACUUGAGAGGCUGCAGAGGAUUGUCAGUAAAGUCCAAAUGGAGUCUGGAUUGUGUAAUGACCAACUCAGCCACCUGGAGACCCUGCUUCAGACGGACAUUCGUCUGAUGAACGCAGGGAAACCACCUCAGCACACGGCAGAAGUAGAACGAGAGCUGGACCAGGCAGACAAAAUGAUCCGCCUCCUCUUCAAUGAUGUACAGAUCCUCAAGGAUGGGCGCCACCCUCAGGCUGAUGAAAUGUACCGCAAGGUGUACCGCAUUCAUGAGCGCCUGGUGAACUUGCGCAGUGACUACAACCUUCGUCUGAAGUCUACUGUGACCACCACUCAGGUUAACGUGGUGAGCUCCCAGCAGUCCACCACAAAGAUACGGCCUGAGUUGGACGAUGUGACUCUGCGCUACGUUCAAGACCUGCUUGCCUGGGUGGAGGAGAAUCAGCGACGCAUUGAUGAUUCCCAGUGGGGAUCUGAUCUUCCUACUGUGGAGUCCCAGCUCGGCAGCCACAGAGGCCUGCACCAGACUGUGGAGGACUUCCGAUCCAAGAUAGAACGGGCUAAAGCAGACGAGAACCAACUAUCUCCUGUCAGUAAGGGCACAUACAGAGAAUACCUGGGUAAACUGGACCUACAGUAUGGCAAACUACUGAACUCCUCCAAGUCCCGUCUGAGGAACUUGGAUUCACUCCACGCCUUUGUCAGCUCUGCCACUAAGGAACUGAUGUGGUUAAAUGACAAAGAAGAGGAGGAGGUCAACUUUGACUGGAGUGACAGAAACUCCAACAUGACUGCUAAAAAAGAUAACUACUCUGGUCUCAUGCGAGAGCUGGAGCUGAGGGAGAAGAAGGUCAAUGACAUCCAGACCUUGGGAGACAAGCUUGUCAGGGAUGGACAUCCUGGCAAGAAGACAGUUGAGGCCUUCACAGCUGCCUUGCAGACUCAGUGGAGCUGGAUCCUGCAGCUGUGCUGCUGCAUUGAGGCUCAUCUCAAAGAAAACACAGCCUACUAUCAGUUCUUUACCGACGUCAAAGAGGCUCAGGACAAGAUGAAGAAAAUGCAAGAGACCAUGAAAAAGAAAUACAGCUGUGAUCGCUCUACAACAACCACACGCCUGGAGGAUCUACUACAGGAUGCUAUGGAAGAGAGAGAGCAGCUGAAUGAAUACAAGACCAUGGUGACCGGCCUGAACAAGCGAGCCAAGUCCAUCAUCCAGCUAAAGCCGCGUAACCCCACCACACCCAUCAAAGGCAAACUGCCCAUUCAGGCCGUCUGUGACUUCAAGCAACAGGAGAUCACUGUCCAUAAAGGAGACGAGUGUGCUCUCCUCAACAACUCCCAGCCCUUCAAGUGGAAGGUCCUGAACCACUCUGGUCAUGAGGCCGUGGUGCCCUCUGUCUGCUUCCUUGUACCUCCAGUCAACAAGGAGGCUGUGGACAGUGUGUCCAGUCUGGAUGGGGGUCAUCAGCAGAUGGUGACCAUGUGGCAGAUGUUCCAUAUAGACAUGAAGAGCCUUCUGUCAUGGCAGUACCUGAUGAGAGACUUCACCCAGAUACGGUCGUGGAACAUCACCAUGUUAAAGACCAUGAAACCAGAGGAAUAUAGGCUGUUGAUGAGGAACCUGGAGCUGCACUACCAGGACUACAUGCGCGACAGCCAGGACUCGGAGCUCUUCGGCCCCGAGGACCGCAUAAAGGUUGAGGGCGACUACAACAGGUCGACCCAGCAUUUCACCAGCCUGCUUCGCUCCAUGGAGAAAGGUCAACAAGACGAGACGCUGUGUAAGAACUACAUGUCUGAGAUCAAAGACCUGCGUCUGAAUAUCGAGAACUGCGAGGCUCGGACUGUGGCUCGCAUACGCAAACCUUUGGACAAAGAGCCUCUGAAAGAAUGCGUUCAGAAGACGACAGAGCAGAAGAAAGUCCAGGUGGAGCUCGAGGGCCUGAAGAAGGACCUCGACAAGGUAACUGAGAGGACAGAGGAGGUCUUAUCCUCCCCUCAGCAGCCCGCCUCAGCUCCCAUGCUUCGCUCAGAACUUGACCUCACUGUGCAGAAGAUGGAUCACGCCCAUAUGCUCUCCUCCGUUUAUCUCGAGAAACUGAAGACUGUGGAAAUGGUCAUCCGCAACACACAGGGUGCUGAGGGAGUUCUCAAGCAGUAUGAGGACUGUCUGCGUGACGUUCACACUGUGCCCAAUGAUGUCAAGGAAGUUGAGAAUUAUAGAGCAAAGCUUAAGAAAAUGCGGGUUGAAGCUGAGAGUGAACAGCCAGUGUUUGAUUCCCUGGAGGAGGAGCUGAAGAAAGCAUCUGUCGUGAGUAACAAGAUGUCCCGUGUGCACAGUGAGCGCGACGCCGAGCUGGACCACUAUCGCCAGCUUCUGUCAAGUCUUCAGGACCGCUGGAAGGCUGUCUUCUCCCAGAUGGACCUCCGACAGAGGGAGCUAGAGCAGCUUGGCCGUCAGCUUGGCUACUAUCGCGAGAGCUAUGAUUGGCUGAUCCGCUGGAUUGGUGAUGCUAAGCAAAGGCAGGAGAAUAUCCAGGCUGUGUCCAUCACUGACAGCAAAACUCUGAAAGAUCAGCUUGCCCAGGAGAAGAAACUGCUGGAGGAGAUUGAGAUGAAUAAAGACAAAGUUGAUGAGUGUCAAAAAUAUGCUAAAGCAUACAUUGAUACCAUCAAGGAUUAUGAACUCCAGUUGGUCGCCUACAGAGCUCACGUGGAGCCCCUCACUUCUCCCAUGAAGAAAACCAAAAUGGAUUCUGCCUCUGACAGUAUUAUUCAGGAGUAUGUAACUCUGAGGACCAGGUACAGCGAGCUGAUGACGCUGACUAGUCAGUACAUCAAGUUCAUCACUGACACACAGCGCCGCUUGGAGGACGAGGAGAAAGCUGCAGAGAAACUCAAAGCGGAAGAACAGAAAAAAAUGGCUGAGAUGCAGGCUGAGUUAGACAAACAGAAGCAGUUAGCUGCAGCUCAUGCAAAGGCCAUUGCCAAAGCUGAAAAAGAGGCUAAAGAGCUGAAGCUCAAAAUGCAGGAAGAAGUAAGCAGGAGAGAAAACGCUGCCGUAGAUGCAGAAAAACAAAAACACAACAUCCAGCUGGAACUCCAUGAGCUGAAAAACCUGUCAGAACAACAGAUCAAGGACAAAAGUCAACAGGUGGAUGAAGCGCUUCAAAGCAGGACCAAGAUUGAGGAGGAAAUCCGCCUUAUUAGGAUCCAACUUGAUACAACUGUAAAACAAAAGUCAACUGCAGAAUCUGAGCUCAAGCAACUCCGCGAUAGAGCAGCUGAGGCUGAGAAACUCAGAAAGGCUGCCCAAGAGGAAGCUGAGAAACUCCGCAAACAAGUCAAAGAAGAAACCCAGAAAAAGCACAUUGCAGAGGAGGAACUCAAAAUCAAAUCUGAGGCAGAGAAAGAAGCUGCUAGGCAAAAGCAAAAAGCCAUGGAAGACCUUGAAAAUCUCAGAAGGCAGGCAGAGGAAGCUGAAAGGCAAGUGAAGCAAGCCGAGAUUGAAAAGGAAAGACAAAUCAAAGUAGCUCAUGUGGCAGCACAAAAGAGUGCUGCCGCUGAGCUGCAAAGCAAACACACAUCCUUUGAGGAGAAGACCUCAAAGUUAGAAGAAUCACUCAAACAGGAGCAUGGCGCAGUCCUUCAGCUGCAACAACAAGCAGCACAUCUCAAGAAACAACAGGAAGAUGCAGAAAAUGCCAGGGAAGAAGCAGAAAAAGAGCUUGAGAAAUGGAGGCAGAAGGCUAAUGAAGCUCUUCGUCUAAGACUCCAGGCUGAGGAAGAAGCUCACAAAAAGAGCCUUGCUCAAGAAGAUGCUGAGAAGCAAAAGGAGGAGGCUGAACGUGAGGCUAAGAAGAGAGCCAAAGCUGAAGAGUCCGCCCUGAAGCAGAAAGAUAUGGCUGAGAAUGAACUUGAGAGGCAGAGAAAGAUAGCCGAGAGCACAGCUCAGCAGAAACUCACUGCAGAACAAGAACUCAUUCGACUUAGGGCAGAUUUUGACAAUGCAGAACAACAGAGAACCCUCCUUGAAGAUGAACUUUACCGUCUAAAGAAUGAAGUCAUUGCAGCUCAACAGCAAAGGAAACUGCUGGAGGACGAACUGGCCAAAGUGAGGAGUGAAAUGGACAUUCUCAUUCAACUCAAGUCUAAGGCAGAGAAGGAGACCAUGUCCAACACAGAAAAAAGCAAACAACUCCUUGAAGCUGAAGCCGCCAAGAUGAAGGACCUGGCUGAUGAGGCGAGCAAGCUCCGAGCAAUUGCAGAAGAGGCCAAGCACCAGAGACAAGUUGCUGAGGAGGAGGCUGCUCGUCAGAGAGCAGAGGCUGAGAGGAUUCUCAAGGAGAAGCUGGCUGCCAUCAGUGAUGCUACUCGUUUAAAAACAGAGGCUGAAAUUGCCCUGAAAGAAAAGGAGGCCGAAAAUGAGAGACUCCGGCGACAAGCUGAGGAUGAGACUUACCAGAGGAAAGCUCUUGAAGACCAGGCCAAUCAACACAAGCAAGAAAUAGAGGAGAAGAUAAUUCAACUCAAAAAAUCAUCAGAGGCUGAAAUGGAAAGACAAAAGGCAAUUGUGGAUGACACACUCAAACAGAGGCGGAUUGUCGAAGAAGAAAUACGAAUUCUUAAGCUCAACUUUGAGAAGGCUUCUUCUGGAAAACUCGAUCUGGAACUAGAACUGAACAAACUGAAAAACAUUGCAGAGGAGACUCAGCAAAGCAAGCUCAGAGCAGAGGAGGAGGCUGAGAAACUGCGAAUGCUGGCCCUUGAAGAGGAGAGGAGGAGGAAGGAAGCUGAGGAGAAGGUCAAGAAGAUUGCAGCUGCUGAGGAAGAGGCAGCCAGACAACGCAAGGCAGCCCAAGAUGAGCUUGAUCGUCUGAAAAAGAAAGCAGAAGAAGCCAGAAAGCAGAAAGAAGAAGCUGACCAAGAAGCAGAAAAUCAGAUUGUUGCAGCCCAACACGCAUCCCUGAAGUGCAGUGCAGCUGAGCAGCAAGUCCAAAGUGUCCUUGCUCAACAAAAGGAAGACAGUAUCACACUACAGAAAUAUAAGGAAGAGUAUGAGAAAGCAAAAAAGCUUGCCAAAGAGGCCGAGGCUGCAAAGGAGAAGGCAGAGAGAGAGGCGGCGCUCCAUCGCCAACAAGCAGAAGAUGCAGAAAGGCAAAAAGCAGCUGCAGAGGAAGAAGCUGCAAACCAAGCCCAAGCUCAGGAGGAUGCAGAAAGGCUGAGGAAAGAGGCUGAAUUUGAAGCUGCUAAACGAGCGCAAGCAGAAGCUGCAGCACUGAAGCAGAAGCAGCAAGCUGAUUCUGAAAUGACAAAGCACAAGAAAUUGGCAGAGCAAACAUUAAAACAAAAGUUCCAGGUGGAGCAAGAGCUGACAAAGGUUAAACUUCAGCUUGAUGAAACUGAUAAUCAAAAGUCUGUCCUGGAUGAUGAACUCCAACGCUUGAAGGAUGAGGUUGAUGAUGCUGUCAAACAAAGGGCCCAGGUGGAGGAUGAGCUGUUCAAAGUAAGGGUUCAGAUGGAGGAACUACUCAAACUGAAACUCAGAAUUGAAGAGGAAAACCAGCGCCUUAUCAAGAAAGACAAAGAUAACACACAGAAAUUCCUUGAAGAAGAAGCCGAAAAUAUGAAAAAGCUUGCAGAAGACGCUGCUAGACUUAGUGUAGAAGCCCAAGAGGCUGCACGGUUAAGACAGAUCGCAGAGGAAGACCUCACUCAGCAACGAGCUCUUGCAGAGAAAAUGCUCAAAGAGAAAAUGCAGGCCAUACAAGAGGCAUCUAAACUCAAAGCGGAGGCAGACAUGCUCCAAAAGCAAAAGGACAUGGCUCAGGAGCAGGCCCAAAAGCUGCUGGAGGAUAAACGACUCAUGCAGCAACGCCUGGAUGAAGAAACUGAGGAGUACCAGAAAUCACUUGAAGCAGAGAGGAAAAGGCAAUUAGUGAUCACAGCUGAAGCAGAAAAGCUCAAGCUUCAGGUUUCAAAGCUCAGUGAAGCCCAGGCCAAAGCUGAAGAGGAGGCUAAGAAAUUCAAGAAACAAGCGGAUACAAUUGCUGCCCGUCUUCAUGAGACUGAAAUAGCCACCAAAGAAAAAGUUACAGUAGUGGAAAAACUGGAAGUCGACAGACUUAAUACCAGCAAAGAGGCUGAGGAUUUACGCAAAUCUAUCGCAAACCUAGAAAAGGAGAAGUCUAGACUGAAAAAGGAGGCUGAAGAACUUCAAAAUAAGUCUAAAGAGAUUGCUGAUGCACAGCAAAAACAAAUGGAACACGAGAAAACAGUACUCCAGCAGACUUUCCUCACAGAGAAGGAAAUGCUGUUAAAGAAGGAGAAACUAAUUGAAGAUGAGAAAAAGAAACUUGAGAGCCAGUUUGAGGAAGAGGUUAAAAAGGCCAAGGCUCUCAAGGAAGAACAGGAACGGCAGAGACAGCAGAUGGAGGAGGAGAAGAAGAAACUCCAGGCUAACAUGGAUGCAGCUCUAACCAAGCAGAAACAGGCUGAGAUAGAGAUGCUUAACAAGCAAAAAGCAAUGCAAGAGCUGGAAAAUAAGAGAUUAGAACAGGAAAGGAUUCUUGCAGAGGAGAACCAGAAAUUGCGUGACAAGUUGCAUCAGCUUGAGGAAGCACAGAAAGACCAGCCAACUAGAGAAACUGUAACAAUAGUCGAGACAACAAAUACAGUUUACAAUGGCCGGAAUGUCAGCGAUGUGAUAGACAGUGUAGAGAAACCUGAUCCAUUGGCUUUUGAUGGCAUUCGUGAAAAAGUACCUGCAAGCAGACUUCAUGACAUUGGUCUUUUACCCAAGAAGGACUUUGAUAACUUACAAAAAGGCAAAACAACUGUGCAAGAACUAGGUGAAACUGAACCUUUAAGAAGAAUUCUCAAAGGAAAGCAUGGCAUUGCUGGUGUUUUGACACCAUCUAAUCAAAAGAUGUCCAUUUAUCAAGCAUCACAAGAGAAAAAGAUUACUCCAGGCACAGCUCUGGUCCUUCUUGAGGCACAGGCUGCCACAGGUUUUAUUUUAGAUCCUGUUGAAAAUAAGAAACUCUCUGUCAAUGGGGCUGUCAAAGACGGCUUGAUUGGCCCUGAAUUACAUGACAAAAUGCUUUCAGCUGAGAGGGCUGUUGUCGGCUACAAAGAUCCAUACACUGGUGGGAAGAUCUCUGUGUUUGAAGCUAUGAAGAAGGGUCUCAUGGAUCAUGAUCAUGCCAUCAGAGUCCUUGAGGCUCAGCUUGCAACUGGUGGCAUCAUCGACCCUAUCAAUAGUCACCGUGUACCAAAUGAAACAGCCUACAAGCAGGGACAGUAUGAUGCAGAAAUGAAUAAGGUCAUGGAGAACCCCACAGAUGACACAAAGGGAUACUUUGACCCCAGCACUCAGGAACCUUUAACAUAUUCUGAGCUAAUGGCAAGAUGCACCACUGACCCUGACACAGGUCUGCUACUCCUUCCAAUUACAGAUAAAGCUGCUCAGUGCUCAAGUAUGUACACAGAGGAGGAGACGAAGGAUAUGUUCAGCAAAACAGCGGUGUCUGUUCCAUUUGGAAAAUUCAAGGGAAAGAAUGUCACCAUUUGGGAAAUAAUUAAUUCCGAGUAUUUCACUGAGGACCAGAAAAGGGACCUUCUCCGUCAAUACAAGACAGGCAAAAUCACAAUUGAAAAACUCAUUAGGAUUGUGAUAACUGUGGCAGAGGAGAAAGAAAAGAAGAAUGAAAUUGCAUUUGAUGGUCUAAGAGCACCUGUCCCUGCCACUGAGCUUCUUGAAUCCAAGACCAUUGAUAAAGACCUGUACAACAAAUUGCAGAAGGGAAAAGCGACAGUCAAAGAGGUGUCUGAAAAAGAGCAUGUCCGUAAAGCACUGAAGGGUACAAACUGCAUUGCAGGUGUAGUUGUUGACUCAUCCAAGGAGACAAUGUCCUUUUACCAAGCUAUGAAGAAGAACAUUAUGAGGCCAGGGCCUGCCUUGGUUAUGCUUGAAGCCCAAGCAGGAUCAGGAUACGUAGUUGACCCUGUUCAUAAUCAGAAAUACACUGUUGAUGAAGCUGUCAAAGCAGGUGUUGUUGGUCCCGAGCUGCAUGAAAAGCUUCUGUCUGCAGAGAGAGCUGUUACAGGUUACAGAGAUCCAUACACUGGAAAGACCGUAUCUUUGUUUCAGGCUAUGAAAAAAGACCUUAUACCAAAGGAACAAGGGGUGAGACUGCUUGAUGCCCAAAUGACCACAGGUGGCAUCAUUGAUCCAGUGAAAAGCUAUCGUAUUUCACAUGAUGUUGCCUGCAAGAGAAAUUAUUUUGAUGAUGAAAUGAAGCAGGUUCUAAGCAAUCCCACUGAUGAAACUAAAUGCUUCUUUGACCCCAACACAAAAGAAAAUGUCACCUACUCACAGCUUUUCAAGAGAUGUGUCACUGACAAGACAACCGGUCUUCAGCUUCUUCCUCUUUCUGAUGAAGCAAUCAAUGAAAAGGAGGAGCCAACAUACACAGAAGCUCAGGCAAAAGAGGCUAUGGCUCAGGCAACUGUUGAGCUUGACUCUGGACCAUUUAAAGGCAGAAAGAUGACCAUAUGGGAAAUCAUCAACUCUGAAUAUCUCACUGAGGAACAAAGGCUUGACCUCCUCAGACAAUUCAGGUCUGGAAAGAUCACAAUUGAGAAGAUAAUCAAAAUCUUUAUCACAAUUGUGGAUGAGAAAGAGGCCAAGAAAAAAGAACAGUUCAGCUUCAAGGGUCUCAGAGCUCCUGUCCCAGCAGCCUCUCUGUAUGAUUCCAAAAUCAUUGACAAACCCACCUUUGAGCUCCUUCAACAAGGCAAAACAACACCUAACCAAGUCAGUGAGAAUCCCAAAGUCAAUAAAUACCUUCAAGGAUCUGAUAGCAUUGCUGGUAUCUUCCUUGAGCCAACAAAAGAGAAAAUGAGCAUUUAUCGGGCUAUGAAGAAAAAGCUCCUCAGACAUAAUACAGGUCUUUCACUUCUUGAGGCUCAGGCUGCUACUGGGUUCAUUGUAGAUCCAGUGAAGAACCAGUUCCUCUCAGUUGAUGAGGCAGUGAAAUCAGGCCUUGUAGGUCCAGAGCUACAUGAAAAACUCCUCUCUGCAGAAAAAGCUGUCACUGGUUAUAAAGAUCCAUUUACUGGCAGCAAAAUCUCCCUCUUUGAAGCAGUGCAGAAAGAUCUCAUCCUCAAGGAGCAAGCCAUGCCAAUGUUGGAGGCACAAAUGGUCAGUGGAGGUAUCAUUGACCCUGUAAAAAGCCAUCGUGUCCCAAGUGAUGUUGCAUAUGACAGAAAGAUUUUCAGCGAAGAAAUUGCUAAGACCCUAUCUGAACCAUCAGAUGAAAACAAGGUUUUCUCAGACCCAGGAAGUGAUGACAAUGUGACCUACAGGCAGCUUAAAGACAAAUGCCAAAGAGAUGCAGAAACAGGUCUGUACAUUCUGCCACUCUCCAAACCUCAGUCCCCAACUAUUGUGGAGAAGACCUAUCUCUACACAGAGGAACAAACACAGAGUGACCUGUGCAACACCCAAAUUGAUAUUCCAAUCGAGGGCCUUGCUGACAAACCAUUGAACCUCUGGGAUGUCAUGAACUCAAAUCUCAUUCCAGAAAGUGAAAGGCAGAAGCUUAUGGAUCAAUAUCGCUCUGGUAAUAUCACCAAAGAAAGGAUGAUCAUCAUUAUUAUUGAGAUUAUGGAGCAGAGAGAGAUAGUUAGAAAUGACAGUCCCUUGUCAUACAUGACAUUACGGAGAAGAAUAACUAUUGAGGAGCUCUACAGUGCCCGCAUCAUUGACUUGGAGACGUACAACCUCCUUAAACAGGGCAAGCGGAAUAUCCGUGACAUUAUGGAGAUGACCAAUGUGAAACAGUAUCUCUAUGGCACUGGCUGUGUUGCUGGGGUCACAACUGACUCGAGCUCCAAGAUAAGCAUAUACCAAGCGAUGAAGAGAGGUUUCCUUAAACCAGAAUUAGCCAUGAGCCUCCUAGAAGCACAAGCUGCCACAGGAUUCCUUGUUGAUCCAGUUCAGAAUGAGACACUAACUGUGGACGAAGCCGUCAGGAAAGGUGUUGUUGGCCCUGAGAUCCAUGACAAACUUUUGUCAGCUGAAAGAGCAGUCACAGGAUAUAAAGAUCCAUACAGCUCCAAAAUCAUAUCUCUUUUCCAAGCUAUGAAAAAGGAUCUUGUUCCAGAGGAUUAUGCCCUAAAGAUGUUAGAGGCACAAACUGCCACUGGGGGUAUUAUUGAUCCUGAGUUCCAGUUCCAUCUGCCAGCAGACAUUGCCAUACAGCGAGGUUAUAUCAACAAGGAAACUAAUGAGAGACUGGCUGGAGAUGUUAAAGGCUUCAUUGACCCUGUCACAGACGAGAAAGUAACAUAUGCAGAACUACUAAAGAGAUGCAAGUUAGAUGGUGGAUUGCGCCUCCUUUCCCUGGGAGACAAGAGGCUGACCUUCAAAGGUCUAAGGAAACAAAUCACAAUGGAGGAACUCAUCAGCUCACAAAUUAUUGACCAGGAGACUGUCACUCAACUGAAUGAAGGUCUCCUUACAGUGGAGGAGGUGAGCAAGAGACUAUCAAAGUACCUUGAGGGUACAAGCUGUAUUGCGGGUGUGUUUUUAGAGUCCACAAAGGAGCGUCUAUCAAUUUACCAGGCCAUGAAGAAGAACAUGAUUAGACCAGGAACUGCAUUUGAGCUGCUUGAGGCUCAGGCAGCUACCGGCUAUGUCAUUGAUCCAAUCAAAAAUCUUAAACUGACUGUCAACGAAUCAGUGAAAAUGGGAAUUGUGGGUCCAGAAUUUAAAGACAAGCUCCUCUCUGCUGAGCGCGCAGUGACAGGGUAUAGAGAUCCUUACUCGGGCAAGACCAUCUCCCUGUUUCAGGCCAUGAAAAAAGGUCUCAUUCUGAAAGACCAUGGUAUCCGUCUUCUGGAAGCCCAGAUUGCCACUGGUGGAAUCAUUGACCCAGAGGAAAGUCACAGAGUGCCAGUUGAGGUGGCCUACAACCGUGGCUUCUUUGAUGAGGAAAUGAAUGAGAUCCUGACAGAUCCAUCCGAUGAUACCAAAGGUUUCUUUGACCCCAACACAGAGGAAAACCUAACGUACCUCCAGCUCAUGGAAAGGUGCAUCACUGAUCCCGACACAGACCUGGUGCUCUUGCUAUUGAAAGAUAAGAAGCGGGAAAGGAAGACCUCCUCCAAAUCCUCAGUUCGUAAACGCAGAAUUGUCAUUGUAGAUCCAGAGACAGGCAAAGAAAUGACAGUGUAUGAGGCCUACAGGAAGGGACUCAUUGACCAUCAAACCUACUUGGAGCUUGCCGAGCAAGAGUGUGAAUGGGAAGAGAUUACAAUGACUUCUUCUGAUGGUACUGUCAAAUCCAUCAUCAUUGACAGGAGAUCAGGGAGACAGUAUGAUGUUGAUGAUGCUCUUGCACGUGGCCUCAUUGACCAGAACUCUCUUGAUACAUACCGAGCUGGAAAUCUGUCCAUCACAGAAUUCGCUGACAAGCUUUCUGGAAAUAUAGGGGGAUCCCGUUCUCGAACAUCAUCCUUUGGGUCCACCGCUGGUUCCUCUUACUCCUCUCCUAUGAGCCCUAUACCCUCCAUUAAGGCACCUGCAGUAAUAUGGAAUGACCCAUCAGAGGAGACUGGCCCGAUAGCAGGAAUAUUGGACAUUGACACACUGGAGAAAGUGUCUAUCACAGAGGCAAUGCACAGAAACCUGGUGGAUAAUAUCACAGGACAAAGAUUGUUGGAGGCCCAGGCAUGCACAGGAGGAAUAAUUGAUCCCACAACUGGAGAGAGGCUGUCGGUCACUGAUGCUACAGAGAGAAGUCUUGUGGACAAAAUCAUGGUUGAUCGCCUCAACCUUGCUCAAAAAGCAUUCAAUGGAUUUGAAGACCCGAGAACUAAAGUAAAGAUGUCUGCCUCACAGGCUCUAAAGAAGGGCUGGUUAUAUUAUGAGGCUGGCCAGCGUUUCCUUGAGGUUCAAUAUCUGACUGGUGGACUUAUUGAGCCUGAGGUCGAGGGGAGAGUGUCCCUUGACGAAUCCAUCAAGAAGGGCACAAUUGAUGCUCGCACUGCCCAGAAACUAAGAGAUGUCGGUGCUUAUUCUAAAUACAUAACAUGUCCAAAAACCAAACUCAAAAUCUCCUUCAAAGAUGCCAUGGACAGAAGUAUGGUUGAGGAAGGAUCAAGUCUAAGGCUUCUGGAGGCCUCCUCGCAAUCCAGCAAAGGCCUUUACAGUCCCUACAAUGUGAGUGGCUCUGGAUCUGCCUAUGGUUCCCGGAGUGGCUCAAGAACUGGAUCCCGAUCAGGCUCAAGGAGAAGCAGUUUCGACGCUGGCAGCGGCUUCAGCAUGAACCUCUCAUCCUCCACCUUCAUGUCCUCUUCAUCUGGCUAUGGCCGCAGAUUCUAAAUAGCUCUUUUUCUUUCUAACAACCUUUGAAGAAGCAACAAUCUGAAUGCAGUUUUAUUCAUAUUGUUGCUUUACAUCUGCAUUUCUCACAGGAAAAAAAUAGUUACAGUAACAAAGAAAAUAUAAUUUAUUUAUUCAACCCUGCAUGUGGUCACUAGUUUUUAUUGAGUUUCUCAUAUAGCAGAUGUCUAAACAUGUGCUUCAUUCACGGAGACAUACUUUAACCAAGCAUUACUAAAGAUAUAUUAAUUUUAGUGCUGACGACAGUCAGCUUCUACUUUUAGAGCAAUGAAAUUUCAGCUAUUUUAAGUGGCCAUGGUUUUACACUUUGAAAAUAAAUUUGUAUACUUAAGCUUUCUGAAACUAAUAUAUAAUGUAUGUAUGUCAAACAGAAAUAUUUUCCAGUAUUCCUCGUUUCCUUUGACAUUCAAGAGUAUUUUCUAUUUUUAUCUUUUUUUAGAAGUAAUGAGAUACUGUAUGUCAACAUAGUUCUGAUGUUUUUUAACAGAUUCUAAAAUAAAAUAAAAACAUAGAUGCCUUCAAAUUUCGGAAUGUUUGUAUAGAAUAUAAACACAUUUCUUGAUAUUUGUGUUCAUGAUUUUAUGUUAAAAAUGUUACCUGGGUAUCUAAAAUACCCAGGAAGGACACACAGUGUGAGACACUACAAAGUGAGACACUACAAGAAGUGCCAGAAUAAUAAUUAUGCAGACUGUUUCCAAAGUUAGUUUCACACCUGUCAUUGCUUUGUACUCAUCUAUAUUCAGUGGACUUUUUGCUUAUUAUUUUUAUUAUUAUUAUUCAUAUGCACCAAGUUUUUUGGAUUCUUUAUUUUCACCAUCAAACAAGUGUUCCUGAAAAAUCCCAAGAUGAUGUCAGACUUGAUCCUGCUCUCCCAUACAGACCCUUCCUCCUGUUAUUUUGGUUCUUCCGCCUCAGUCCAGUAGACAACAUCUGAGCACAGAUACUCAGUUGGCUAGUGCUUGUGGUCCCCUCCUCUUGGAUGGAUUUGUGAGUCCACAUCACCACCAUGCAAGAGGACAGAUCUGCAAUUGCGUAAAUCCAUAAUUUCCAUUGCUCAUCACAUUUGAAGAAAGCUGAGGCAGAGUCCACCUGACAUCAUCUUGGGAUGCCUUUUUAGGAACACAUUUCAUUCUUUUCUUUUUUUUCAUGUAUUACUUGAAUAAUAAUAGUUAAGUUGAUUAAUGAUAAACUGCACAUCUUCAUUUCACUAGUCUUAUGUCCACUAAUUAUCUUUUUUUUGUCUGUAAAUUCAGAUCAGCCAAAGCGCAAAUAAAAGACAUGUUGAGAAUUGUCACAUCUGAUACACUACACUGCAUGAAUCGAUGUAUUAUAUCAAAUUAAAUUGUUCUUUUGCGAACUGAAAAAAAGCAACUGCUUUAAGCUUUAUUUUUGCUUCUAGUUAUUUUUCCACAGCUUUUAUUUCUCUUCAGUGUUUUACCUCUGUGAAUCCUUAUUCUUCUGUUUUCAUCACAUUUUUUUUUUGAAAUAUUAAAGAUUUGCCUUGCAUGUUUCAUUAACUUUUCCAAGGAUUUUUGGGGAAACUGUUGAUGUGAAAUAAACACAACUGCUGAGGAUGACUGUGCUAACUAUAUUAUUAGCAACAUAUAAAAAUCACAAACUAACUGGUUUGGUUAUACUGAGGCAGAUUUUGCUUUGAAUGAAAUGAGUGGAUUUAUUGCUUUUGAACAUAACACUGUUGUAAAUAAAUAUGCUCUGAAGAGG